AGACGGGGCUCGAGCCUCCGCACCGUCCGGCGACGACGGGGAACUGAACCGGUCCGCGACACCGAACAUCAGCGGGGCCCGCCACCGAGCCCCGCGGACAUUCGCAGGCAUAUCAGCGGGAGAGGGCGGGAGGAGAGCGGAGGCGGGCGCGGGUCGGUAGACCGGGAGCCUGCCUGUCGGUCCGCCUGCAGAAGGACAACUGAGAGAACGACAUGACAUCUCGGAGGCGGACCCAUCUCACUGUCUCAUCGGUCCUGGUCCCAGUCCUGCUCCAGGUCCUGGUCUUGACGGGCUCCGUGUCGGCAGCUCGCUCUGACCGAAGCAUCGUGUCGGAGGAGUAUGUGGGCGCCACAGUGAACGCCACAGUGCUGGACGGACGUGGAAACACCGUCCACAUGAUGAGCAGCGAUGACGGGACGUACGGACAGAACUCACCCAAAGUGGACACCAGAGGACUUGUUAUCACACCUGCACCGCAUCAUGGAGUGGUGGACCGGCGGGGCUGCGACCCCAACACUCGUUUCCUGGUUCCUCCUCGGAGCGUCCACUGGGUGGCGCUGCUGCAGAGAGGAAACUGCACCUUUAAGGAGAAGAUCCUGAAGGCGGCGGCGUACAACGCCACCGCCGUCCUCAUUUACAACAACUCCACAGACAAGACGGUCAAGAUGGGACACGAAGGUACUGGUGACACAGUGGCGGUGAUGAUCACAGAGGCGUACGGGAAAGAGAUCCUGGCUCACCUGGACAGAAACAUGACGGUCUUGGUCUCAGUGGUGGUGGGUCAACGCGGUCCCACCAAGAACAUCAACCGAGGCUCGCUGGUCUUCGUGUCCAUCUCCUUCAUCGUCCUCAUGAUCAUCUCAUCAGCCUGGCUCAUCUUCUACUUCAUCCAGAAGAUCCGCUACACCAGCGCCAGGGACCGCAGCCAGCGUCGUCUCGGUGAUGCAGCAAAGAAAGCCAUCGGGAAGUUGACAACGAGAACUGUGAAGAAAGGGGACAAGGAGACCGAUCCAGACUUUAACCACUGUGCGGUGUGCAUCGAAGCGUACCAGCUGAACGAUGUGGUUCGAAUUCUGCCCUGCAAACACGUCUUCCAUAAAGUGUGUGUGGACCCGUGGCUGAACGAACACUGCACCUGUCCCAUGUGUAAACUCAACAUCCUCAAAGCUCUCGGCAUCAUGACCAGUCUUCCCUGUGUGGACAGCGUGGUGUUGGACGUGGAGCGUCUGGGUGUCAGUCAGGCUUCUGGCAGCCAGAGGGCGCCACUGGGCAACAGCAACCAGCCAUCCAUCAGCUUGGAGCCGCUCAGCCCCCCCCACCCUGAGGCCACGCCCAGAACACCUGCUGACAUCACCAUUGCCGUGACCAGCGGCGGUCACUUCUUCAACAGAAACUCGGUGUCUCCUCGUAACGUUGUCUGUGAGAUGGAGCUGCCGGACAUCCAGGCCUCGCUGGACCUCUAUGACAACAAAUCCUGAGGUCUGUCGUUACGUAUACAACGGCCCACCUUCACUACCACCCCUCCAUCUUCUGAUGAAGGGAGGAAGUGUUUCACAGUGGGGGGGUCUGAUAAUGACAGCCUGGAUGGACUUUUGAGCGUUUAUUCCAUCAGACUUUCUUCAGACUUAACACAGAUUCUGGUCUCAGCUUAGACUCGUUAGCUUGGCGACACUCUCAUGUUUUUAUUUUCUCCAUAAGAAGAAAAACUGGAGGAAGUGGAGCUGGUUGUCGGGUCAGUGUUAAAAAAAUGUUUUCAAACAAGUGAUCCAGAGAAUUCCAGGUUUCAGCCCAGGAACCAAGACCUGACCUAGAGUCCUCUGGUGGAGCUGAGGGUGACGUUGUUGUUGGGGUACUGGAAGAGUUCUGUAGUCCCUAAAAGCAUUCUUUGUUUCUGUAAUCCUGGAUUGCCAAGUUCCUAAAGGUUUCCUCUAAAGGUUCCAACUAAAGAAGUACUUGGGUCCUGGAAAAUGUCCCGAAUUCCUUGAACAGUUCUUGAAAAGGUCUUCGUGUAUGAGUUCCUGGACUUCUUGAGUUUAUUGGAACAAAUCCUGAGUUCCAAACAAGGUUCUUGGAUUCCUUUAAAAGGGUUCCCGGGUCCAAGGUGUCCUGGGUGCAGGCUCUUGUAAAAUUUGCUGUUUUUUUAAAAAAGGUUCUUAAGAAAUUUUCAGAGAUCCUAAAAAAAAUCUUGGGUUCUUGGUAAAGUUUGUGAGUUCCUAAAGAUGUUCCUGAUUUCUUUAAUGGUUUCCUGGAAAAUUUCCCAAUCUCCUAAAAAGGUUCCCUGAAACAUUACUUGGAUCCUAAAAGGGUUCUUGGGUUCUUGGAAAACUUUCUGAGUGACUAGUAUGUUCCUGGAAAAGUUCUUUAGAACCUUAAAACGUUCCUGGAAAUGUCUCUGAGUGCCUAAAGCUGUUUUGGGGUUCUGGAAAAUGUCUCUGAGUUCUUAAAAUGCUUCGAGGAAAUUUACCAAGCCCGUAGCAUUCUUUUUGUGGAAAGGGUUUGUAGAAUAUCCUAAAGAGGUUUUUAUUCCUUAAAAGGUGUCUGGGUUUCUGGAAAUGUUCUUGACCACCUCAACAGAUUCUACAGAUUUUUAUGUGAUCUUUGGAAAGGUUCUUGGCACUUGGAAAAACAAGUUCCUAAAGACUUUACUGGAAAAGUUCCUGAGUGCCUAAAAUGGUUCCUGGACAGGUUCUUGAAGUCUUAAAAUUUCCUGGAUAACAUUUCUGAGAUCUUGAAAGAGGGUCUUGCAUGUCCAUAAAACUUCCCAGUUCAUACAAAGAUUCCUGAAACCGUUCCUGAAGUUUUGAAAGGGUUCUUGUGUUCCCGGAAAACAGGUCCAAAGAUCUAUACUCAAUUCUGCCUCACCUGGACCUAAUCAUACCUGACAGCAGCUGGGCCAGAACCAGAGAAGACCCAAAGAACCCAAACCCAAAAAAGGUUCUUGUCAGUGUUCACUGAUGUUCUGCUUUCAGUCAGUCAUAACUCUGGAACCUGAGCUCCUCUUCUGACCAUUAACAAACACUUGUGAGUCAGAGUCCAGAGUCUGUGACCUGGAGAUGGAUCAGAAUUCCUUGUCUGUAAAUAUUGACUGAGCAAGUUUAUGAUGAGACUAGAACCACAACCAUAUGAGGACCUGGACCCUGAUCCUCUGUUGGAAACAAUCAUGUGAACUUUAACAGUGUUAACUCCCCUGUAGCAAAAAAUGUAUCUCUGUAGAAUAAAGAGAUGUUAGACUUAAAGGAACAGUCCAACAUUUCAGGAAACCUCUUGGUCUAUGUUCAGUAAAGUGGAGUUCCUCAGGGAACUGUUCUGGAUCCUCUGGUCUUCUUAGGGAUUUAAAGGAACACUUUAAUACUGAUUGAACCCUUGUGUUUCCCUUUCCACAAUCAGAUAAAAAGAUUCAUUUUAGCUUCAUCAGAGACCGGCCUAGGUUGUGGUUAGCCUAGCUUAGCAUGACUGGAAGCAGGUGGAAACUAUGAGUGUAGUGCCAUCAAAAGAACACCAACCACUUCAAGUCUGUGAUUUUUAUGUCGCGAUCUAACCAGCUAGUCAGCUGUGUUCGGUCGAGUGGACGCAUCUGCAAACGACCAGGAUCCUCUGGACUGGGAGUGGCAGUCUGUCGGUCAAUAGUCCAGUUUCCCAUCACAGUGCCAUUAAACCACUGGAGAAGAAGAGAACACGCAAGGUGAAAUGGGUUUUGUCCAAAACCCAAAGAUCUUCACUUACUGAACUGAAAAUCUGACUCUGGAGAAACUGACAGAAUGAAACAUCUGAAAACUGACUCCAACGAUUAAUCAACUAUCAAAGUAGUUGACAGUUUUCUGUCAGUUGAUAAAUCAACUAAUCUCUGCAACUGUACUUUGCAUUAGUGAGUCCAGGUUAUGGACAAAGAACCUGACAGUUUCAUGGGCUCGGUUUCAAAUAAUUCAACAUGUUUGUCAUCGUAGAUUGACCUUUGUAAACCUGUAAAAUAGGAAAGUGUGUGACACUGAGGUUAUGACCGUGUCCUUACACCUGAAGCUGACUGGAGACGGACCGUCCAAUCACAGAGCAGAGUCCGGUCAAAGGGCAGAAUCAUAUUCACUCUUUUUAACCAUAAUUUGAGCCCAUAGUUCAGCAGGUUGCUCAGCUGCUGAGUGGGAAGUGAAAUCUUUUAAAUCAGGAUUCACCGUUGCCUGUCGCUAUAUCGGUUUGUCGACACGUCUUAAAACUGUGAAAUCUUUAGUUAAGGUCUUAGGAGACGCUGCUGUCCUCCUAUUGGCUCACAGCCCUGAUAAGGUGUGGGGUCUGCAGGUGGACCCACUGUGAUUCCAGGACUUCAGUUUUUGGUCAAGAAACAAUUACUGCCGUGUCUCUUUAUGUUUGCGUGUGUCCAGCAGAGGGUUUCCUGAAGUGACGGACUGCUCCUUUAAAGUAUAUUAAACAGCUUCUGAAUUACUCAGUGUGUAAUAAUCAGAUAUAAACAGCAUUAUACAAUCUAUAACCUGACUGAUCGAUCAAUAUUAUCUCUGAAGUGACCUGAGCACGUCCUGAUGGUGUCCAAUAGAGUCCUGCAGGACAGUCGGCUUCUGCCUCUGUCCUCUGAGUCACAUGGUACUGAUGGUGAUGGUGAUGAGGAUGAAGGACAAUGUGUGUGAUGCUUUCAGUUCAGUGUCUUUACUGCCUCAGCAUUAAAUGUCAUUAAAGUGUCUCUAAAUCUCAUUAAAUGUCAAAGUGUCUUUAAAUGUCAUUAAAGUAUCUUUAAAUGUCACUGAACCAGCUGUCAUCAUUUCCAUGAACAGACUCAGUGACUCAGUGAAUAAUGACUGAGACUCAGGGUCAGUGUCUGUCUCUGCACUGGACUUGUGGAUGUAAGGUCACAGACUGUUUUCAUGCUUCAGCCACACCCUCCAGGUAACAUCACCUGCCCUCACCUGCCAGCCGUCCAACCACUCCUGUGUGAGACACUGCCAUAGUCACUUUGGCCCCUAAA